AAUUGAAACUUAUCAGGACAUUCUCCGCCUACAAAAUAUACAAUUUCAGACCACACUGGCAAUCCGCCUUCAUGUCUGGACUGGCGACUGUUGCAGCGACCCGAGAGAGGCAGAGAUAUGGCAAGAUAAAGUAGAAGAUUAGAGAGUGGCGGUUUAAAUUGUGAGAACAGACCAACGAGACAGGAUGACAAACCAGUCGACAGCUAACCAGUCCAACACAAACAAGGUGAAGGAGAAAGAGGAAAGCCAGCGAGAUGACAACACAGACGUCGCAUAUAAAGAUGCAGGCCACUGUAGUCGGAACACCCACAACCUGCUGCUGGGCCUCACUGUUCUGGGUGUUGUUAUGGGUGCGGUGUUUGGGAUGCUGCUGCGGUACAUGAAGGUGACGGACAGCAGUGCCCUCACCAUGGUUUCCUUCCCAGGAGACAUCCUCAUGAGGAUGCUGAAGAUGCUCAUUCUGCCUCUAAUCAUCUCCAGCCUCAUCACAGGGCUGGCUGGUCUGGAUGCCCGCUCCAGUGGCAGGAUGGGUAGCAGAGCCAUGGUGUACUACAUGUCCACUACCAUUAUUGCUGCCAUCCUCGGGGUCAUCCUGGUGAUUGGAAUCCACCCCGGGAACCCCAAACUGAGGUCAGGUGCGUCAAACUCAGCCCCGAAGAACCAGGAGGUCAGCAGUCUGGACGCCUUCUUGGACCUGCUCAGAAACCUUUUCCCUGAGAACCUGGUGCAGGCCUGCUUCCAACAGGUUCAGACGGUGCUGAAAAAGGAGUCAGUGGCAGCACCAAACCAAACUGAGCCCAUCAUAGUGAACAGAAAGACACUGGAAUACAAAUGGGGCAUGAACGUCCUCGGUUUAAUCGGCUUCUUCAUCACCUUCGGCAUCUGCAUGGGCCGGAUGGGCGAGCGGGGGAGGGUCAUGUGCGACUUCUUCAACAUCCUCAACGAGAUCAUCAUGACGAUGGUUUCCAUGAUCAUGUGGUACUCUCCUGCCGGCAUCGCCUCUCUGAUUGCCGGAAAGAUCGCCGCCAUCGGAGACCUGGAGAUGGUCGCCCGACAGCUGGGCAUGUACAUGGUGACUGUCAUGGUUGGCCUGGCGAUCCACGGCGGCUUGAUCCUACCUGCUAUAUUCUUCGCCAUCACCAGAAAGAGCCCCCUCACCUUCUACUCGGGAAUCUUCCAGGCUUGGAUCACAGCUCUGGGCACUGCUAGCAGCGCAGGGACGUUACCCGUCACCUUCCGCUGCCUGGAGGAGAAUCUGAAGGUGGAUAAACGCGUGACUCGCUUCGUGCUGCCCAUAGGUGCCACCAUUAAUAUGGACGGCACGGCCCUGUAUGAGGCCGUGGCAGCCAUCUUUAUUGCCCAGAUGAAUGACAUCGACCUGGACACCGGACAGAUCAUCACUGUCAGUAUGACUGCCACCCUGGCCAGUGUCGGAGCUGCCAGUAUUCCCAGUGCUGGACUGGUCACCAUGCUGCUCAUCCUGACGGCUGUGGGUCUGCCCACUCAGGACAUCAGUCUGCUCAUCGCUGUCGACUGGCUGCUUGACAGAAUGCGUACCUCCAUCAAUGUGGUGGGCGACUCGUUCGGUGCGGGCAUCGUGGACCACUUGUCAAGGGCUGAGCUUGCUGAACUCGACGCAGCCGAAAUGCAACUUCUCCACCCGGAGGAGGAGGAGCUCGAUUUCAUCCCCCCGCCCCCGAUCCUCACCGAGAUCGACCUGAUCGACCCUCUCAAACCACCCGAGCUGCCCCCUCGCUCCCCCCGCCCGCCUAAACAAAACCACCACAGUCACGUUCUCUCCCAGUCCCAAUCCAUCACGUACUCACCCGCCCGUUCCGUCCGAUCUCCUUCACCUCGCUCCAUCCGCUCUCCCUCUCCGCGCUCCGUUUGCUCCCACUCCCAUUCCCCCCGACCUUUCCGCACUCAUUCACCGAGGCUCCUCCACAGGACAGAGCCGGGCUACUGCGCCCUGCCAAGCCACGAUAACCAGAUUUCCACCAUUCCUCGCUCCCACAGAGAGCGAGAGCGGGAACGAGAGCGGCUGAGGCGAGAGAGCGAAACGGAGGAGGAGGAGGAGAGAGAAAGAGUUUUGGAUGAAGUGAGCGACGGCGAGGAGAGUGAUGACACUGCUUAUGAUCGGAGGCAAGCCCUCCCACAGGGCGAUCUGCCGUGAUUGGAUUUGUAUCACCAAAGAGCUUCCACAUCGAUUAGUUUCUGUUUCACACGCAGCUCCACUCUUCUGCAGGAUUCCAGUGGAGGUCCACAAUGGAUCUCUGGCUGUUACAUUUCUACUUUUUCGAUGUCUUUCGGUUCACUGCUCUUGAAUAAAAGAACUGUUGGAUAAGUAAAGCUUACUUAAUAAGCACAGACAUUCAAAUGUUGCAAUGGCAACACCCUGUAUAAUUCCUUAGCCCUUAAUUCCAGGCUUGUGGCUCUUUAGUUUUUCUCACAAUAAGAGAAAACGGAGAGUUGUAUCCCUACUUUAUGCAUGUUAAAACCCAUCUCUUCCUUAAUUUCUAAUUUCUACCCAAACUUGAAUUGCUCUUGUAUGUCUGAACUUGCUUAUUUCUGCCUGAUAGGACAGAAUUUGUGAGUCUGCAGUUAUAAAAAUGUUGUGGAUAUUGAUGUUCCUUUUGACCAGCCUUUUGAUGCACAGCCAUGAGCGCAGGGUUUCUGCCAGGAAGUUCGAAUGCCAAGUUUCAAGUAUCUCUUCAGUGAAAUAGGUUACUAGGUCCCUUAAAUUUCUUAGUUUAUUUGACAACAUACACCAAUCAGCCAUAACAUUAUGACCACUGACAGGUGAAGUGAGAAAUACUGAGUAUCUCUUUACAACGACACCUGUCAGGGGUUGGGUUACGUUAGGCAGCAUGUGAACAUUUUGUCCUUGAAGUUGAUGUGUUAGAAGCAGGAUGAAUGGGCAAAGGUAAGGGUGUGUUGUUAUGGCUUAACGACAGGGUCAGAGCAUCUCCAACUCUGCAGCUCUGGUGGGGUGUUCCCAGUCUGCAGUGGUCAUCACCAACCAAAAGUGGGUCAAGGAAAGAAACUGGUGAACCAGGGUCAUGGGUGGCCAAGGCUCAUUGAUGCAGGAGCAAACGCUGGGUCUGAUAGAAAGGUUUCAGAGCACAAAGCACAUCGUAGUUUGUUGUCUAUGGGGCUGUGUAGCUUCAGACCACUCAGCCCAUGCUGACCCCUGUCCACUGCCGAAAAGCACUUUCAAUGGGCAAUUGAACUGGACCUUGGAGCAAUGAAAGAAGGUUGCCUGGAGGACCAGGAAAACGAGUCACGGUGUUGACUAGGCUUCCUAAUUCCCCAGAACUCUAUCCAAUAGAGCAUCUGUGGGACGUGCUUAACAACCUAGUCUGAUCAAUGGAGUCUCCAUCUCUCAACUUACAGGACUUCAAGGAUUUGCUGCUAAAGUCAUAGUGCCAGAUACCCCAGCACACCUUAAGAGGUCUAGUGGAGUCCAUGUCUCAUCAGGUCAUUGCUAAAUCAGCCCUGACUUGAUGAGAGGGGCGUCUAUACAAUAUUACGCAGGUGGUCAUAAUGUAAUGGCUGAUAAAUGUAAUGAUAGGUGGAAUAAUUGCAUUGAAAACUCACAGAUCCUGUUCAGUUUUGCAUUAGCUCGGUACCUCCAUGGCUUCAGGGUCAUCCACUGUAAAAAGUAAUGGCCACUGGACAACACCCAUUAGUUUCUGUCUUGUCUGUGUAAAAUCAGCCUGGGGUUGGUACUUCACUGCUGCCAUGUUGGUUUCUUCUGAAACCAGAAGUGACAUACAUUUUAUUUUACCGAGUUUUCUAUAAAACGAGUACAUUCAAUUGUUUGCUUACUUAACGAUAUUAUCCAGUUAUCUUGCAAUUAUCAAGGCUGGUUUUCCCAUUACAGCAAGUUCAUUUCUGCGGUUUUCUUGAAAUCUUAUUUUCCAGAGAAACCAGUAUAUAACAUUUUAAGAAAACAGCCAAAAUGUUCUCGUUUCAAGGAAUAAAGGUAGUUUAAUAAAAUGUAUGGAUGUAUGUCCACUUAUGGCUUCUGUACAUCUCUACAUUUUCUUGCAUUCACCUCAUUUUUCCCUGACUUAUGUCGCUCUUGAUGUUAAUAUUGUUGAUAUUAUUUAUGGUUUGUAUUUACUUGUUGUGGUCUGAUGUCUGAAAUGAUGCGAAUAGGCAUUAUGCUGUUUAAAUUUUUGUCGUAUGUUUUAAAAUUUACUAGUAAUUUCAAUUUUACUCUCGUGUCAGUUUGAAUUCUUGCUUUGUUGCAAAAAAAAUAACUUCAUCUCCCUCCCCACUGAACUGCCUUUCAUUUUGAAUGUGAUUUAAUCAACUGGCUCCCCGCAUCCUUAAGUCUUGACUCAGAAUCGCAGAUCCAGGUCGUGUGUAUAUUGUAUGUAAUAAAAUCUUAGAGAUUUAUUUCAAAUAGCUACAUUUCAUCUGUGUUUACUCUGCUUUGUAAGUAACGUGUGCAAUCUGUGGGGGGAUUUGCAGUCGAAAGGGGACACGCGUCAGUGUUUGGUGACUAAAGACGCAGACAAAGAUAUUACUGGAUGGAAGAUUUACAACAAACACACAGACAAACCGCACUCGAUAGGCACACUUACACAUUGAUGAGACAACGACACACAGAGAUUCCAACGCACUUAAUCCGCUCAAAGAAGAGUUAGAGAAGGGCGAGGCAGGAGAGAGCGAGGGAUGGGAGAGGAAUAGGAGGGCGGCAGAUGGCCAGAAAGACGUCAAUCCUUUUCAUUCUUCCCAGACAGCAUAAGGGCACUGUGGGUAAUUGCGAGCAGGACUGACGUUAGUUUAUUCUUCCUUGCACGUCAGCGGGGAGAUCUGACUUUUUUAGGUGGAGGGAAAAAGGUGAAGCAGAGCAGCAUCCAGCGGAAAUCUUUAAAUCUGUUUUGAGGUUUGUCUAAAGAUAUGCAAAAAAUUCAAAUCUGUGGUUCCGUUGGGGCUGAUGGUGCUGUGAAACACUAAUCUGUGCUGUAGCAUGACAGAGAGCUGUGCCUCCAGUACAUGACAUGAGGAUAUCACACCAUCUGAGGCGACAGGGGGGUCAGGAAUUUAAUCACUGCAGCCAUCAUCUUCAUCAUCGAGAGAGCGCGUGUGUCUUUGUGUGUGUGUUUGCUUCGGGGUUAAGCAUCAUCUGCUCAAAAAAACCCUGGUCUAUUUUUAAAUUAUACACUUCAGUCUUUAGUUAUUUUCAAUUAAGUUCUAGACAAAACUAUAUAUCAUUAAUUUAUACAUGUGUCUGACAUCACAGCUUCA